AUGGAGCAGCGUGCCAAUGUGACAUUUUGCUUGAACUUGGGAAAGUCUGCAACAGAAAGCUUUGAGAUGAUCCAAACUGCGUAUGGAACUGAGGCAAUGAGUCGUAAAAGUGUCUUCAGGUGGAUUUUGAGGUUUCGUGAUGGCAGGGAUGCCCUGGAAUAUGAUCCACGGCCGGUGGCCUCGAAGAUAUCCCGAAAUGAAGAAAACGUGCAAAGAGUUGCGGAAGUGCUUGCUUCAGACCGAUGUAUCUCUGUGCAACCCAUCGAGGAGCUCACCGGCCUUCCCAAAACAAGCGUGCAUCGCAUUUUGACGGAAGACCUGCAAAAACGAAAGCUUUGCGCACGAUUUGUGCCUCAUGUUCUGACAAGCGACCAGAAGCGCGCCGGACUGGAGCACUGCAGAGACAUGCAGGGUCAGACAGUAACCGCGAAAUACUACGUCGGUGUUUUAUCGCGCUUGUGGUGCAAAAUUCUUCGCAAGAGGCUGGAGUACCGCAAACUAGGAUCAUGGUCGUUGUUGCACAACAAUGCCCCUGCGCACAAUGCGAAGGCUGUGCGUGAUUUCUUGGCAAAGAAAGGCGUUGUUGUCCUCGAUCAUCCGCCCUAUUCCCCAGACCUGUCUCCAGCCGACUUCUGGCUGUUGCCAAAGCUGAAGCUUGCUAUGAAGGGGACACGGCAUGACUCCAUAGAGGACAUUCAAGCGUUGCGACGAGUUCCUCAGAGCUAUACCGAAGGAAGACUUCAGGCACUGCUUCAAGCAGUUUCACGGGCAGGUCCAGCGGCGCAGUGA